UUAUUGCUCGCAGCGUUUACUCUCUAUAUAAGUUAUAAAAAUGCCACCGAUGCCUUAACUCACACUACUACUUUAAUUUCUCUGACUUCACAGUACACAAAAUACAAAAGCAAAACUUUUGGCUCUUCAAAUACCUCUGCUCCGCUCAACUUAAAGGCGCUGGUUCGAAUCUGAUCCUUUGUGUCAGCGAGUUCUGGCCAUAGCCAGGCAACCAUUAUACUCCAUUCAUCAGUUGGGGUCUGUUUUUUUGUUGUCUAGAAAUCUAAUGCUUUGAUGGGUUGCGUUUGUUUCUUUAUUAGAUAUAUAGAUAUUGCGUAGUGUGUUCUGUGCACGGUAAGGAAAACACAUAUGCAUGUGCAUAUUUCUAUUGUGUGGUUUUGUUUAGAGAUUAUUAAAUUAAAAUCUGUGCGUAGAUCGGUUAUUGAAUUUUGUGGAACAUUAACUUAAGUGGGUCAAUUAUAUCAGGUAAAUUUUUUUGUGAUGAAAGCCUUUAUAGAAGCUGUAGAUUUUUGGACUUCUUUUCCUGGUUUAGUUAUUUUUUGUGAUCAAAACUUAUAACUGAGUUUCGGUUUGUUUGAAGUCAAGAAAAAGAAAAUUGUAUAUUUUAAUCUACAUAUUUCCAGGGACUGGUUUCGUAUAGAGAUUAUUAAAUGAAAAUGUAUGAACCAUGUUCUGCAGAGAUUGGUUAUUGAAUUAGUGGACCAUUCACUUAAGUGGGUCAAUUUUAUGAGGUAAAAGCGGUGUGAUAAAUGCCAUAUAGAAGCAGUAGUUUGUUUGGACUUGUUUUCCUGGUUUAUUUUUUAUUUUUUGUGAUCAAAAUUUAUAAUUGAGUUUGUAUUUGAUUGAUGUCAAACUCAAAAGUGGGGCAUUAAAAUCUAUGCAUAGAUUGGUUAUUGAAUUUAUUGGAACAUUAACUUAAGCAGGUCAAUUUUAUCAGGUAAAAUUUUUGUGAUGAAAGCCUUAAUAGAAGCAGUAGAUUUUGGACUUCUUUUCCUGGUUUAUUUAUUAGACUUAAAGAUAUCACCUUUAGAGAAAAUAAUUAUCAUUAGAGAUGGAAGGUGGGUCUCCACCAUGUGUUUGUGUGUGUGUGUGAGAGAGAGAUUUGUAAGUUCAAAGUUGUUUGGUAUGAUCAAGAGAAUGCUAGUGGAUUUCUUUUGGUGGUAAACAAGGAAUACCAUGCAAACUCAAGUAUAAUGUUUUAGACUUUGAGUCUGAUAAGAUGUCUCUCUUUUCAGGCUCGGAAGUAAACUAACUUUUGUAGACUCCGCUAAAGCAAAAUGGUUUCCAACGCUACAGCCGGACUGACAUGUCCAUCUCCAAUGAAACCUACAUCUAAUGGCAUAUUUCAGGGAGAUGAUCCUCUUCAAUUUUCACUGCCUCUUGCCAUUUUGCAGAUAUGCCUUGUAGUUGUAGUUACAAGGGGUCUGGCUUUCAUCCUAAAGCCAUUAAGACAGCCACGAGUUAUUGCAGAGAUCAUUGGAGGAAUAUUACUUGGACCAUCAGCUUUGGGACGAAGCAAAAGCUACAUGCAAGCUAUCUUCCCACCAAAAAGUCUCCCAGUCUUAGAUACUCUUGCAAACCUUGGUCUUCUAUUCUUUCUAUUUCUGGCAGGACUGGAGUUAGAUCCUAAAUCUCUUCGUCAGACUGGAAAGAGAGCAUUGGGCAUUGCUCUUGCAGGAAUCAGCCUUCCUUUCGCAUUAGGAAUUGGUUCCUCAUAUGUCCUAAAAGAAACAAUAUCUAAAGGUGUAAAUGGAACUGCGUUUCUUGUCUUCAUGGGUGUGGCCCUCUCCAUAACUGCCUUCCCUGUCUUAGCUCGUAUUCUGGCUGAAUUGAAACUUUUAACUACUGAUGUUGGAAGAAUGGCUAUGUCAGCUGCAGCAGUAAAUGAUGUGGCUGCUUGGAUUCUACUUGCUCUUGCCAUUGCCCUCUCUGGCACUGGCAAAUCUUCCCUUGUCCCGCUUUGGGUCUUCUUAUCUGGCUGCGUUUUUGUUGUUUGUGCAAUUUUGAUUGUCCCUCCAAUCUUCAAAUGGAUAGCCCAGAGAUGCCAUGAAGGCGAGCCUGUAAAGGAGACUUACAUUUGUGCUACAUUGGCUGCUGUUCUGGCUGCUGGGUUUGUUACUGAUGCUAUUGGAAUUCAUGCCAUGUUUGGUGCUUUCGUGAUUGGAGUUCUUAUUCCAAAGGAUGGGCCAUUUGCAGACAGUCUUGUGGAAAAAGUUGAGGAUCUUGUAUCUGGUCUCUUCCUGCCACUGUACUUUGUUUCAAGUGGAUUGAAGACAAAUAUAGCCACAAUUCAGGGGCUCCAAUCGUGGGGUCUUCUGGUUUUAGUCAUAUUUACUGCCUGUUUUGGGAAGAUAUUUGGCACUCUUCUGGUGACUCUGCUUUGCAAAGCCCCUCUGCGUGAAGCUCUGACAUUGGGGUUCCUAAUGAACACUAAAGGCUUGGUUGAACUCAUUGUUCUCAACAUUGGUAAAGAUAGAAAGGUAUUGAAUGACCAGACUUUUGCCAUUAUGGUUCUAAUGGCCCUGUUCACCACCUUCAUCACCACACCUAUUGUCAUGGCUAUAUAUAAGCCAGAAAAAAGGAAAAGAAUGGCUGAUUACAAGAAUAGAACAAUUGAAAGGAAGAAUCCAAAUACCCAACUUAGGAUUUUGACUUGCUACCACAGUGCAAGAAACAUUCCAUCAAUUAUUAACCUCCUUGAGGCCUCAAGAGGAUCUGAGAAGCGUGAAGGACUUUCUGUGUAUGCACUGCACCUCAUGGAACUCUCUGAGAGGUCCUCAGCUAUAAUAAUGGUACAUAAGGCAAGAAAAAACGGGUUGCCCUUCUGGAAUAAGAGCCAGCAAUCAGAUGCUAACCAUGUUGUUGUGGCGUUUGAGGCUUUCAGGCAAUUGAGUCAUGUGUCCAUCCGGUCAAUGAAAGCAAUCUCAUCAAUGCCUGGCAUGCAUGAUGACAUCUGUAACACUGCUGAGAGCAAUAGAGCUGCAAUUAUAGUUCUUCCAUUCCAUAAGCACCAAAGAGUGGAUGGUUCACUAGAGACUACCCGAAGUGACUUUCGUUUGGUUAAUCGUAAGGUUCUUGAACAUGCACGGUGCUCAGUAGGGAUUUUGGUUGAUCGUGGGCUUGGUGGAACCACCCAAGUAGCAGCAAGUAAUGUUUCUUAUUUCAUUAUGGUCCCCUUCUUUGGGGGCUGUGAUGACCGUGAAGCCCUUGCUUAUGGGGUUCGCAUGGCUGAGCACCCUGGUAUAAGACUAAUGGUCAUUCGUUUCAUAGUGGAACCUGAAAGCAUGGGAGAAAUUGUCAGAGUGAAUAUAGAAGCCUCUAGCUCCAAAUUGAGGUCAUCAGAUGAGGAGUUCCUUGCUGAAUUCAAGCAAAAUAUGGCCAAGGAUGGCUCCAUCAAAUAUGAAGAGAAAUUGGUUAGAAAUGCUGCAGAUACAAUUGCUGUGCUCAGUGAGCUAAAGCGCUGCAAUCUGUUUUUGGUUGGUCGAAGGCCUGAAUGUGAAGCAGCCUUAGAUUUAAGCAGGAGUGAUGAUUGCUCAGAACUGGGGCCUGUAGGAGGUUUGUUGACUUCACCUGAUUUCUCAACAACAGCAUCAGUUUUGAUAGUCCAACAAUACAAAAGCGGAGCAUCUCCAAAUUCGACCCUGCAGAUGGAGGAUGAGUCACCUGACAAAGACUCAGAAUCUAACUAACUGAACCAGAUAAUGUAAUUGAAAGCUGUCGGAUGAGCUUGUUCUCACUCUUAGAUAAAUCAUUGUCUCUCCAUGUUCUAUAUUAAAAAAAAAGAAAAAAAGAAAAGCUACUCAUCAUAUGGUCAUUUGUUUACAAUCUCAUAUGUUCUUAUUCACUUAAAAUGAUUGACAUUUUAGAUCUCAACACAUUGAAGAAUAAAGAACAAAAUGAAAUUUCUUUA